AUGCCGCUCACCGAAUCGGAGAAGCUUGCAGUAUCUUUGAUCUCAGCUCUCGACGGCCCCGCCCAAUUCGGCCAACGUUUGCAGCAUAUGGGUUCACAUUUCCGACAACUCCCAGUUCGUCUGGGCCGAAGCCGUGCGUUGGACGCUGCUGUCAGUUGCUUUAUGUAUUCUUUUACUGCAGCAUCAGGUGGUCUGCCUCGGGACCAGUCCCUAGAGCUAGCUCGCUAUUGUACUGCCAUCGCCACCCUGCGACAAGAAAUGAGCUGUUCUAACCUAGACGGAUCACUAUCGACUUCCUCAGAAACCCUCUGCGCAUCACUCCUCCUUGCACAAUACGAGAUUCUCAAACCAGGACCUACAUACUCAUACAUCCAGCUAGCCGGUGGGGUAUCCGCAAUCCUCAAAGGCUCUGGUCCAAGCCGUGUGACCUCAUCGGAGUUUGAGCUCGCCAUCUUCACAACACAGUAUCCGACAAUCAUUACCCAGAGUAUGUUGCGUGGUGAAGAGUGUUUUCUCAAUGAUCCCCAAUGGAUGGAUGCCAUGCGCCGGAGUAACGGACAUGAGAGUCCGAUCGUUUCGGAAUUGUGGACUGCCCUCGCAAGAGUACCCGACCUGUUCGUACAAGCAAAUGCGCUUGGUGGCGUACCUCCUUCAUGUGGCUCCUCACCUCUCUACGCGGGCAUACUCUCACAAAUAUAUGAUAUUCGCUCUGCUAUUGUGGCGUAUUCCGACGCCAUCACGCGCAACCUCUCGACGCCAGGCGUGUUUGCUACGUUCCCAGCGGCCUACCGCGGCCCACAUCCAGUUCCAGAGUUUCAUCCACAGACGGAUCUCGAAUCCCUUCAAGCCAACUGCAGCAUCCAACAGGCUACAUUCUACUAUGCCUGUGUCAUAUACAUCAAUGCUGUUUUGCAAAAUUUUCUCGUCGCACACAACCCGGCCCUGUCACCACAGACGUCCCAAGCCGCGACAAGCAUCCUCUCUACACUAGAGUUCUCGGCCACCACCAGACCAUUCGGUUCGUUCUUCAUGACCUUUGCUGGACCUCUUUGUUACGGCGUCCUCUCUGACCCGUUGGACAAAGAGGUAUUAGUACAAGGCAUGAACACCAUUUUCGACGAGGUGGGCAUUUCCUGGACGCAUUUCUCGUUGCAGGAGAUCUUCUAUGCUCUCACACGAGGUGGAUGGAGUGGCAAGAUGAGAUCGAUCUUAUCAGAAUCAGAAAAGUGGCGUCCUUAA